CAAAGGCUAAUGUUAAGAACUCUUGUUGUCAAUUUUGGUCUCACUUUGAGUUUUUUAGUUUCAGUUUGUCAGUCGAAGUUGGCCGAGCCACACUGAAUGAAAUGUUGCUGGUGGUAAAUAAACGCUCUGCUGUUGGGUUGUAAAUGUAAAUAACAGCCUGGUUUUUGGUGUGUGGACGGCUGACGAAAAAUAAUAAAUAAAUUUUUGGAGUAUUGGAAUUUUUUGGAUAAGAUUUCCUAAAUUUUGUUUUGGAUGGGGAGAAAGAAAGUGCAGUUUUUCGUGGUGGAUGGGAUGGAGUGAAGAAGAGAAUUUGGUGAAAACGGAUUUUGUUUUUCGUGACCUGAUUGGAUUUUUGUAUGGUGGUUUUAACUAACAAUUAAAAAAGUGUGGAUUGGUUAUUUAUCGGGAAGAUUUGAUGAGAAGUUGAUAAGUUUUAAUGGUGAAGUUAGAAUUUAGGGGCGAGUGUAUUUUAAUUAAACGUUAAAAAAUCAAGGAUUAAAUAAUAUGAAAGACAACUACGGAUGAUAAACUGUAAUAUUUUGUGUAACGUGGACCGGGGAAAAGUGGAAAUUGCGAAGAUGUCAAGCACAAAUAUGUACAAAAUUUGAAGAAGACCAUCAUCAUCCUUAGUCACCCAUCAGUCCAGUCCAGUCCACAUUUCAGAAUUGGGACGAGACGAUAAGAUAACAACAAAAAUCAAACACCAGGAAGUAGCUUUUUUGGAGAGAAAAGUAAAUAAAAAUGGUUUUAUGGUAGUGGUGAAACACUGAACUGGAAGUCUGUCGUAUAUAUUUUGUGGUUAUCUGACCUUACGUUUUGCCAAGUAAAUACCAAGUAAAUUUUGUCGCCAGAAUAUUCUCUGCGUAGUUUGUUAGCUUAAAGGAGUCAAUUUAGCCAAUAGUUGUAUCGAGUUAAUUAGCGUUAUUAGUAUUUAUUGAUUACAUUACGCAUACAUACUCUUCUCUCAGUGUGUGUCUGUUCUUAUCAUCGCAUUAUUGUUCAUGUCGUCGUCGUCCUCGUCGUCGUGUCCUCAAUAGUCGCACGUAACACGUAACGUGAGGCCCAUCAAUGUCUAGAAAUACCAAGAAAAUUGGAAUCUGAGAAGAAAAUUGAUUACUUUUCCUGCUGGAUGUGGAUGGAUGGAUGUGCGUGGCUUGGCUGGCUAUUUGGCGUGUGUGUGUGUGGCAGGGUUAUUUACUUACUUACUUUUUCCUAGUAAGUGGUCCCGUCUCGUGUAAAAGACAGCAGUGGUGAAAGUUCAGGAGAGAAAGUGCUCCAUUUCUUCACGAGGACGAAUAUUCAGUAGCAGAAAACGGUGUGUGUGCUUAACACGUAGACAAACUUAAGUGAAAAUCUACUCGUGUAAUAUUAUUGAUCUCAACUAGUGUAAAAGAUCUAUCUCGUUCUCGACUAUGGGAUUAUUAUCGACAGAGUAUUGAUUCUUCUUUGGGGGGAAAGAUUUUUGGGAAAAAAUAAAGUGAAGUGACCAAAUUUAAGACGGAUUGAUCUACCUACACCAAGAACAAUAAAAAAGAAAGAACAAUGUUCAAGAACAAGAAAGGGGUCCUCUUCGUGCGACUUCUGCUCGUAUUUUUCCCCUGCAUUGAAGGAGCAUCAAGACUGAAUGAAUACAUCCACCACUACGAAACGCUGGAUUACGAUCCGGCCGCCGUGCACGAGAAGCACUUGCGCGUGAAGCGGUGGGCGACGGGGGACGGUUGGGGCGCCGAGGAGGAGCCGGAAGUCCAUAUAAAUUUUAAAUCACACCAGCGAGACUUUAGAUUAAGACUGAGACGAGAUACGACCUCCUUCAGCCCGAAUUUGCACCUCGAAGGGGACGGAGCUGGGCAGGAGAGGGAAUUCUCGCACAUUUAUGCAGGCCAUGUGGAUGGGGUGGCGCAGAGUCACGCGUUUGGUUCGAUACGGGACGGCGUCUUCGAUGGGAAGAUUAUCACCCCGGAGGAAACAUUUUACGUGGAACGAUCUCACAAAUAUACUCUCCCCAGUACAAAUGAAAGCCUUCAUUCUGUGAUAUACACGGAUCGAGAGGUUCACGAUCCCUACCAUCACCAUCGGACCGGUCACGCGAAAGGUUGUGGGAUUACGGAUGAAGUGAUGGAGUGGAUGUCGGAAAUACAAAACUCUGCGGUGGACGGAGGAAUGCCAGAAUUGAAACAUCCGAAAUCUAAGCCAUUCCAGAAAAUGGUAGGAUUGCCGGUCGCGGAUCGGCUGAUUUCCAACGAUAUAUUUUAUCUGGACCAAGAUGACCACUCGUACUCGAUGUAUUCAAGAGAGGCGAAUCUCAAAUUUAAUAACAAUACUGGUGGAGGUGGAGGUAGAGGGAGGCGGGCGGCGAGGUCUAAUUCGGCUAAUUCGAGGACAACGUGCACCCUCUCGAUACAGACGGACCCCUUGUUGUGGAAACAUAUUGCGGAGCAGGAACGAACCACGGAUGAGAACAAAAUUCGCGAAGAAAUCCUCUCCCUGAUCGCGCAACACGUCAAAGCCGUGAACCACAUCUACUCAAACACUCUCUUCGAUGGGAAAGAAACCUAUAAGAAUAUCCGAUUCGAAGUGCAGCGUAUUAAGAUCGACACGGACAAAGUGUGCCGGCCGGAGUACCGUGGCUCUGAAAAGAACCUCUUCUGCAUGGAGAACAUUGACGUCAGCAACUUUUUAAAUUUGCAUUCUCUCUCCGACCAUGAAAUAUUUUGUUUGGCGUAUGUCUUCACUUACCGAGAUUUCACCGGGGGUACGCUCGGACUGGCGUGGGUGGCUUCCGCUUCGGGAGCGUCGGGCGGUGUUUGCGAAAAGUAUAAAACGUACACGGAAACGAUCGGAGGUGUGUAUCAGUCCACGAAGCGAAGUUUGAACACGGGGAUAAUUACCUUUGUCAACUAUAAUAGUCGCGUCCCUCCGAAAGUAUCGCAGCUCACGUUAGCGCACGAAAUUGGACACAAUUUUGGCUCCCCGCAUGAUUACCCCAACAAAUGUCGUCCUGGUGGAACAGACGGAAAUUUUAUCAUGUUCGCUUCCGCGACGAGUGGCGAUCGUCCAAAUAAUUCGAAAUUUUCGGAAUGUUCCGUUCGAAAUAUUUCGUCCGUGUUGGAUGCUAUAAUUCACGACUCUAAAAAGCAUAACUGUUUCAUUGCCACAAAUGGAACCUUCUGUGGGAACAAGAUUGUCGAAGAGGGGGAAGAAUGUGAUUGUGGGUUCACCUACGAAGAAUGCGAAGAACAGUGUUGCUACCCCAGGCAGAUUAGUGAGAAGGACCGCAUGCAAAAUCCCGACGCGCAAGGGUGCAAAAGGAAACCCCUGUUCCGCUGCAGUCCGAGUGAAGGGCCGUGUUGCGAUCAGUCUUGCCAUUUCGUCCAGCAGACGAGAGUGCUUUGCAAACAGGAGACGGAAUGCAGCUACACGUCGUAUUGUAACGGAACAACGGCACAAUGUCCGGUUCCUAAACCUCGUCCGAAUCUGACCCCGUGCAAUGAUGGGACUCAGGUCUGCCAAGGAGGCGAGUGUAGAGGAUCAAUCUGUCUCAAGUAUGACUUGGAGGAAUGUUUUCUAUCCAGCAGUGACAAAAAUGCGGAUAAAAGAAAACUUUGCGAAUUGGCAUGUCUCGAUAAGAUGGGGAGAUGUAGGUCUACAUCAGAACUAAAUUUGGACGGCUUGCCGGACGGGUUAAGUUUGCGACCUGGUGCGCCAUGCGAUAACUUCCAGGGAUAUUGUGAUGUUUUCCUCAAGUGUCGAGCCGUGGAUGCGGAAGGACCGUUGGCCAGAUUAAAAAAUUUGCUUUUCAAUAAGGAAACUUUAUUAAAUGUUGCUCAGUGGGUUACGGAGAACUGGUACUACGUAUUAUUGAUGGGAGUAGGAUUCAUAAUCAUAAUGGGAAUGUUCAUCAAGUGUUGUGCCGUUCAUACGCCAUCCUCAAAUCCAAAGAAAGCCCCUCACAUUCGUAUCGGAGAUACUCUUAGGCGACCCAUUAGUACUCUUAGACGUCACCGCCAUGCACAAUACCGUGCUGCAAAUUCCAAUAUUCCCAACGUGCCCAACGGGGCUGCUGCCUCGUCUCAACAAUCUCAACAAACUCCAUCCGGAGCCCCACCCCCCUACUCUGCAAUUGCUGGUCCAAGUGCACCCCGUGGUGGUUUGCCACCCCACGGCUUUGGUGAAGGUAGAGGCCCCAAUAGAAAUAGAGGAGGAGGUCGACCACAACAAAGUGGAAAUCCAUACGCAGGAGCUUACCACAAAGACUCAUCGAGACACCAGCAACAUCGCGUCUGAUGAAUAAUUAUGAAUUACAAUAAUGCUUCAGAGAAAUUAGGAUAUGAAUGAAUGAAUGAGACGAAAUUUUGUGGACUCUCUGUAUUAUGAAGACAUAAUAUUUUAAUAUUAUCAUCCUCAUCAUCCUCAUCAUAUUAAAACUGACUCCGUAAAUGUAAAUGUCCUUCAUUAUUCACUCACCGGCCGUUCGUCGUCGAACCAUACAUAAUGCAUUUUAAGCCAUAAUUUUUCUGUGACGUUGAUCAUCUUAUUACUAAAAUGUUUUCUACUUAUCUCGAAACAAACGACUUGUAUAAUUAAUUAUGUAUAACUUUAGUUCAUAAUUUAAUUUUGGAUAAUCGCCGCGGAUGCCAAAAAAAGCCAGACUAAAUAUUUACGUAAAUUAAGAAUUUUUUUAAGUAUCAAUCGCAUUCCACAAAUGCUCAGUCAUCAAAAAUGAACAAAACUCAAAAAAUUCUCACUUAAGUAAAUACAAAGAAAAGCGAACACUACAUUUAUUGAAUAAUGUCAGCUGAAGUAGGGAAAAAAAGUGCAAUUUUUUUUUGCAUGAUGGUUUUUUGGAAAGUAAAAAAAACGUGACAAAUUAUGUACGAGACGUUUUAUCAUCUAAAUACUAAAUAUGCUUGCCAAUGUAAUUAUUACUAUAAUUUAUUAUUAUUGCAAGGUUUCCUAAAAAAUGUGUUGUUUAAUUAAUUGCAUUAAGCUAAUUUAGUGGGUGGGUGUUGGAUUUGUCUUAAUUAUGUCCUUGUUUUGAUCUCCUUUUCCAUAUUUAUUAUUAUUAUGAGGUUAUUUGGUUGGUUUGGUUUAGCGUAAUUUUCCAUCAGGUCGAUCUACCUAAAAUCAGUCCUGCUCCAAUGCAAAUAUGUAUUUCUCAACAAUUAAUGUCGUAAUAUUCCGUAUCGUCGCAUGAUUUUUGUUUCUGGAGGUUUUUUAUACGAACCGUAAAAUGCAAUUUUUUUUUAUUACAUCGUGUCAUCUUCAUCACAAUUAUGUAAACUUAUAUUUAUACGAUUUUGUGUAAAGUCCUUGAUUCAUCUAGUCUUGUUUUUAUCAGUAAUAAUGCAUAUUCAAUAAUAAUGAUUUUAUGUUCGCUGUUGUUGCUGUAUUCUCUAAAAUAUUCAGGUCAACUCAACCACAAACACUUGAUAAUAAUAAAAUAAGAAUGAUAUAAGAAUUGUA